CACUUCUUAUCCACAUACAAUGAUCAACUUACCGACAGAAUUACUUGAACCUAUUUUAAAGGAUGCCUUUGAGGAAACCAAAGGGAAUAGCUUACUAUUAGUAAACCCACGUAUUACACAAGUACUCUACAGAUACGUCUAUCAUCAGCAUACAUGCACAAUAAACUCUAUAAAGCAAUUAGAAAGCUUCUCAAAGAAUGUCCCUCUCGAAUUGCUCAGUAAAGUGAAGACAUUACAUUUGAAUCUUCCCUCCGCUGCUGGAUCAGUGUGGGAACUAGUUGGUGACACUCUCAAGAAGUGUAGAAACGUACAACACGUCAAACUCCGUGCGAUGGGAUUGUGGCACGAAGACAGACGUGGUUUGGUUGAAGGUUUAGGCGCUAUAGAUCCUGUCAGUUUUGAGUGGACAUCUCCAGAUCCACCACAUCACGUCAGCUUAAGUCUCGUGACACCUUGCUUGACGAUUCUUCUACAUCAAUUACCAAAAUGGACGCGAUUAGAGAGUCUUACCCUUUCGCAUAUGCAGUUCCCUCAAUGCGCACAUCCAGACAGGUACCUUCCGAUGAUUUUAUCACCUACAGUCAGAUUUGUCAAACUUGGUCAGGCUAUCAGAGCUCCUGCCAAGAUGCUAGCUGGGAUAGCUAGUGCAUGCCCACGUUUAGAGAGAUUAGAUGCUGAGGAUAUAUACUGCGAGUCAAUUUGGGGUAGCAGAGUUGACGAGAAAGAUGUCAGGAAUGAAUUGGAAGACAAUAUGUCAUUUUAUGGUGAAUUUACACUCAGUUCACGUCUGCAAAGGAUAACAGGUGGUGAUCGCGGUGUUGUUUAUUAGGAAUUUUUUAGUCUCACUCCCUCUCAAUAUAGAACAUGUAUUACUAGAAAAUCAUCGCAAGGAUUGUGGUGAUACGAGCAAUGUAAAACCCAGUUACGAUUUUUGAUUUCGUUUGUAUUGUAUUAUUUAUGCAAAUUCCAUAUAUA